AGUAUCCGAGUCACACCAUUCUCGCCUGCUGUGUAUAUACCUAUUUACCACUACGAUUUCGCUCGACGUUUAUUAAACGAUCACUCUUCGCGCUCGUCAAAUCUGGACUGGACUAGAAAACCCGACAACAUCGAUAGUAUCAACAGCGUCGAGGGAUCAACCGAACGGAACCAACUGAAACGAAGUAAAACAUAAUAACAACGAUGCGCCUCCUCAAUCCAUCAUCAUCAUCGCUGGGAGUAGCAGCGCUCCUCUUUUCAUCUUCGCUACCCAACGGUCUCAGCGGUGCGGAAGCAGCAAAGUCUGGCAAAGCUAAGGAUGCGGUUUUGCUUUCUAAUAUCCGCUCCCUGACCCUCCUUCCCAACUCCAAAACCACCGGCCGCCGCCUCCCCCCCAUCCCCCAGUUAACAUGCACCUCCUCCCGCACCCUCUGCGCCCUCGCCUCCCCGCACAUCUCCCUCAUGCGCUGCACCAACCAAGGCCCCCGCUACGACAAAGAAGACAUCCAAUGGUCUUGCACCGUUCCUUCGCUUCCCACUACUCUCCAGCUGGGGUCGACGGACGUGAUUUGCGAAGGGUACGAUUCGCCUGACGACGAGUAUGUCUUGAAGGGUAGUUGUGGAGUUGAGUAUACUUUGGCGUUGACGGAGGAGGGGAGGAGGAAGUAUGGACGUGGGGGAUGGGAAGAAGGGGAAGAAGGGGAGAAUAAGUGGGCGGGGUAUUUGUUUGGGGUGUUGUUUGUGGGUGUGUUGGGGUGGAUCGUGUAUAGUGCUUGUGUGCAGGCUGGGGUGAAUCGAGGCGUUCCUGGGGCGGAGGGACAGAGGAGAGGGUGGGGAGGGGGAGGAGGUGGUGGUGGUUGGCCUGGGUUUGGUGGCGGAGGUGGAGGAGGGGAUUGGAAUGAUCCGCCGCCACCGUAUCCUGGAUAUGGCAACAAGCCGAGUGGAAGCCAGCAGCAAUCGGGACAGCGACAACAGCAAGGAUGGAGACCGGGGUUCUGGUCGGGACUAGCGGGUGGUGCGGCGGCUGGGUAUCUAGCUGGACAGAGAGGGAGGGGGAGAGAAGAGUAUGAUGAUCGCAAUAGGGGGUAUAACUACGGAAGCACAUGGGGCUCGUCGUCGGGGUCGAGGAACAGGAGUUGGGGAUCGUCUUCGUCACGGAGCUAUUCGGGUGGGGAUAAUGGCGGCAGUUCGGGGACGACGACCCAUGAAAGCACCGGGUUCGGAUCGACGAGUCGCCGCUAAACAUAAAAUAGGGCUUGGGUGGAAGAGCCAUAAUACUGUAUUCACAUACAGACGCAACAAACCAGAUACAUACACGAUGCAGAAAGGGUAUCGACAUAGUGUUUGCGCGAGCGUAUAAUGAUUCUUUGGAAAUUAUACAAAGGCUUGCUCUGAAAAACAAAUCAGAGUU